AUGUUUGAUAACACUCAGUAUCCCUAUAACUGCUUUAAUUAUGAUGGGGAUGAUUAUCCAGCCUGCAGUUCGGACGAAGAGAAGAAAUUCACUAGACCAGCGUACAGCUACAUUGCUUUAAUUGCAAUGGCUAUUCAGCAGAGCCCUUCCAACAAAGUAACUCUUUCUGGCAUUUACGACUUCAUCAUGAAGAAAUUCCCUUAUUACCGGACGAACCAGCGAGCCUGGCAAAACUCCAUCCGGCAUAACCUCUCGCUCAACAGCUGCUUUGUCAAGGUUCCCCGGACAGAAGGCAACGACAAGGGUAAAGGGAAUUACUGGAGUUUUGCGUCAGGAUGUGAGUCGAUGCUGGACUUGUUUGAAAACGGGAAUUACCGGAGACGGAGGAGGAGGAGGAACGUGAAACGGGAACCCCGCGAAAAAAGGCCGACUGGCGAGCAAGACUGCCUGCCCGCAUUAUCCCCGGUGGACUUCCCAAACAUCUCCUGCCCGGACAAGAUUAUGGAAUCCCAGCCCAAACUUUUAGAGUCUUCUCAGCUUUUUCCAAAUGCCGCCACUGCCAGCCGAGAGAGUCUAAACAGCUCCUCCUUAGGAAAAUCUGAGUCCGAAAUUAAAUUUAGCAUUGAUUACAUUCUCUCCGCCCCAGACCCAUUGCCUGCUCUGAGGUCUCCGUAUCACAUGCAAGAUCACAAAUACCAGCUCUUGGAUUCUCAGCAACUUAACCUUCAGUUUUGGACAAUGUGA